GUCAGACACAGCGGAGUGGAGCCUCUGUGGAGCCUCUGUGGAGAAGUUGCGCGCUGCUCGGAGGCGACUUUUGUUGCGCGCUCGGGGGCAAAACUGCACGGACGGAGACGGUGCAGGAUUCAUUCAUUCAUUCAUUCAUUCAUCCAUCUGCUCUUGUGGAAGUAUCGUUGUUGCUGUUGUGCGGAGAACGAGAGACGCUGCUGCACGGAGUGAAAUGUUGUUGUUCGUCGAGCGGAGGAGGAUUGUAGCCUAGUCUGAACGAGCCACCGCUGACGGCAGAGCAGAGGCAGCUCUGUUGCAUUCCAGUUGGACCAUUGUUCCCGAGGCAGCUGCUCUUUCAAUGUGGGAUACAGUUUUUGUUCUUUCGCCAGGCUGAAAUCCCCCAGGUUCAGGACCUCCCUCAUGGCAGCCGUGCUCCUCGGGCUGCUGCUUUUCGCCAUGCAGUCUCCCCCCAUCCCCUCAAGACCGAUGACUGACACGGGGCCACCUUCGCCUCCCACCCCGACACCCACCGACAACGGCACCACCGCCCACCCAAACGGGACCCUCCAGCAGCUUCCUCAGAUCAUCAUUAUCGGCGUGAGGAAGGGGGGGACGCGGGCACUCAUCGAGAUGCUCAGCCUGCACAGUGCGGUGGCGGCGGCACAGAACGAGGUGCACUUCUUCGACUGGGAGAGCCACUUCCAGAAGGGCUUGCCUUGGUAUCUCAGCCAGAUGCCCUACGCCUUCCCCGAGCAGCUGACGGUGGAGAAGACGCCAGCCUACUUCACCUCCGGCAAAGUCCCCAAACGCAUCCACCAGAUGAACCCCGACAUCAAGCUGCUGCUCAUCCUCAGAGACCCCACCGAGCGGGUGCUCUCGGACUACACGCAGGUGUUCUACAACCGCCUCCAGAAGCACAAGCGCUACCAGCCCAUCGAGUCCAUGCUUGUGAAGGACGGCAAGAUCAAUCUGGGAUACAAGGCUCUCAAUCGCAGCCUGUACUACGUGCACAUGCAGAACUGGCUGCAGUAUUUCCCCCUGCAGAACAUUCACGUGGUGGACGGGGACGAGUUAAUCAGGGAUCCUUUCCCCGAGGUGAAAAAGGUGGAGCGCUUCCUGAAACUGGAGCCCCAGAUAAAUCCUUCCAAUUUUUACUUCAAUAAAACGAAGGGAUUCUACUGUCUGAGGGACCACGGGCGGGAGAGGUGUUUGCACGACUCGAAGGGCAGGGCGCACCCCCGCGUGGCACCGGACAUCCUGCAGAAACUCUACCAGUACUUUCACGAACCCAACAAGAAGUUCUUUGAGCUGGUGGGUCGAACGUUCAACUGGAAGUGAACGAACAAUGACACACUAACAAUGACGGCGGCGGCGGCACGAGGCUGAUGUACAUUUUAAACUAAAUCUAUUUUUGUACCCAGGGAAUAUGAUUGAGCCAAAUAUCAGGGCAAACCGCAGCUCAUGACAUGCUCUGUUAUUGCUUGUCUUUUUCUUUCUGACACUUUUCUCGGCGCUCCUCAGCUCGUCGGAUCAAAGCAGGAGACUCGCUCUGACGUUCAUGAUGACGUGCAGACUUUAGACCAGUUACUUAAAGGCUGUUUUUUGACAUUGUCAACACUUUCUCGUUUCUCUUUCUCACACGAUAUGACGCGAUUAACUUGUAACCACGUUUCUUAGGGACCCGCUGCUAUGAUUUCCUCAGUCGCUCUCGGGCGCACGCCAUCGUCAGAAUAUGUACGUGUUUGUCUUUCUGUCACUCGAAAUGUUCCUUUUCUGUAAGAGUCAGUCGUAUAAAAGCUAUGAGAACAUCAGUAUGAUGGACUGUAAAUAGAUUUUUUUAAAGUGAAGAAUUAAUAUCAUAAUAAAGACGUAUUUUAUUUUUA